CCAAUAUUGGGGAGCCUGCCCUGGAUUUCUACCCCCACCCCCACUCCCUGGGGCCUGGCCACUCAAAAUCUAUUUGGACACCCCCCCAUGUGUGGUAAAUGUGGAGACUUGGUGCUGGAAGAUCCGGGUGCUGCCAUAUCCCUGCUCCCCAGCUGCCUGCCCACCAACAGGAAGUGGAGAUUCAGUGGCUGAUUCCCCCCAGCUGCUCCAUCUGUGCAGCCUCUGCUGGGUGCUGCAGAACAUCCAUGUCUUCCCCCGGCCUGCAGAGCCAGGGACAGGAAGUGGCUGUGGCAGAGCUGGUGAGCUUCGAGGAGGUGGCUGUGUAUUUCUCUGAGGAGGAAUGGGCUCUGCUGGACCUGGGUCAGAGAGCCCUCUACUGGGAUGCGAUGCAGGAGAAUUACGAGGCUGUAAGCUGGCUGGGCUGCAGAAUACCUAUGUCUGUCCCCAGCUCAGCCCCCGGCUUGCAGAGCCAGGGACAGGAAAUGGCCAUGGCAGAGCCGGUGAGCUUCGAGGAGGUGGCUGUGUAUUUCUCUGAGGAGGAAUGGACUCUGCUGGACCUGGGCCAGAGAGCCCUCUACUGGGAUGUGAUGCAGGAGAAUUAUGAGGCUGUGAGCUGGCUGGGAUUUCCAGUCUUCGAAGCUCACGUGAUCUCCUGGAAGGAGCAAGGGGAGGAGUUGUGGGUCCCAGAUCUCCAGGGCUGUGAGGAAGGAGGGAUCAUCACAGGUGAGCAGUCAGCUAAACCGACUCACAAACAAAUUUCUGUCCCCUAAUAGCGGGUGUCACUUGUGUAUGUUUAUCAAGUCUCACUGACCUUUCAUCCUGUCUUCAACUCCAAUAUGAGGGUGCUGGGUGGGCAAAAGGGCUAUGAGGAAGAAGGGUGAACUGGGCUUUUGAUUAUUCAACGUUUCCAACCAUUCUUUGGGUGUGCCACCCAUUUUCUAUUCCCCAUUGAUAAUUUUUCUUUCAGAUUAGCACAGGGAAAUCCUGUUCAGAUUCUCUCUG